CUCCCUUAUUAUGGAUACGCAUACGGCUCACCUUGUACUUUGAAGAGCGCGGCAGUAGUCUGCGAGUGUACGAAUAAAUACUUGUCAGUACUUGUACAUUUCCCGUGAAAAGCAGGCACAACUUACAAGAUCGUAUCAGUUGCGCUCAUGAAGAUCAUGGCGGCUGUCACCAGCAGCAGUACAGCAACAGCCACUCUACAGAUCAAGUAUUCCAACAUUGAACUUGCACGAAAACGCAUAGACCCCGGAAGGAGACAAGCGGCUCUCACUUUCCUCAACAACAUCUCGUUAGAUGGACGACCAGUGCACGACGGCAGCGACAUUCAGGGCGAUGCGGAAGGAGCGAUAGAGGCGAGGACUAGACACAGCCUGGUUUGUGCAGAGCGAGCUGGCACAACCGUGGCCCAGGCGUUCGCUGCUGCAAACCAACCCAUCGUAUGUAAUUCCCGUACUUACUUCGGGAUGAGUCCGCUUGCAGCCCCAGUGUGCGCGAAUGCUGAAGGGGAUGAAUUCGCCUACGGUGUGCAUGUUGGUCAGUCUGUUUUUAGCUCUCCGUAUCCCACAAUGCCAACAGCAACGAGAGGGAGACUCCAGACGUUCACUCAGGGAAUUCCACCGACCACCUUCUCAAGGCAAGCAUCUCAGAAUUACUGCUGCUUGGAAAGUGGACAGAUCGGCAACACUGCCUAUGAACUGCAGAGAUCCAGGCGAAGACUCAUCUCUCAGCGCUCAUCAUUGGAGACUUUGGAGGAUAUAGAAGAGAAUGCACCAUUGCGCAGAUGCAGAACUCUGUCAGGUUCACCCAGACCAAAGAGCUUCAAGAAAAUCCACUUCAUCAAGAACAUGAGGCAGCAUGACACGUGCAACGGCAGGAUAGUCCUAAUCAGUGGAAGAAGAUCCAUCUGCAGUAUGCUCUCUGUCCUGCCCUAUCAAGAUCACAGCCAAGCGGGGGAUAUGAAACUGGAAGGUGGGCGUCAGCGUCACCCAUCGGGGAGCGCAAAGGAGAUGGUGAUUGGGCUGGAUGGUGUGGAGCUGGGUGCAGAUGGAAAGACAGUCUCCUACACGCAGCUCCUGUAUCCAACAAACGCUUUCAGCGGUCGCAGAAAUACCAUUGACUCCACCUCCUCCUUCUCCCAGUUUCACAAUGCUAGCCACCGCAGCCUCAGUCUGGCACGUGCCAACAGCAUCCAGGGUAGCACUGACACAGGGAAUGAUGUUGGAGACUUCCUGGAAUAUGACCCUAAUCUCCUGGAUGAUCCUCACUGGCCCUGUGGGAAGCACAAGAGGGUGCUCAUCUUCCCUUCCUACAUGACCACGGUCAUCGAGUAUGUCAGACCUUCUGACCUCAAGAAAGACAUGAAUGACACCUUCAAAGAAAAGUUCCCCCACAUCCGACUGACCCUCAGCAAGAUCACGAGCCUGAAGAGAGAGAUUCGGAAGCUGGCCCAGGAGGACUGUGGGUACGAGGAGCCCACGGUGGCCAUGGCUUUCGUCUACUUCGAGAAGCUGGCGCUGCGGGGCAAGCUCAACAAGCAGAACCGCAAGCUCUGCGCUGGGGCCUGCGUGCUGCUCGCUGCCAAGAUCGGCAGCGACCUUAAGAAGCACGAGGUCAAACACCUGAUAGACAAAUUGGAGGAGAGGUUCCGGUUGAACAGACGGGAGCUGAUAGCAUUCGAGUUCCCAGUGCUGGUGGCCCUGGAGUUCAGCCUUCACCUCCCAGAGCAUGAAAUUAUGCCCCACUACAGACGACUCCUGCAGAACUCCUAGCACUGGCUUCCUAUCAGGAGAGCCAUGGCCACCACCCUCUCCUGAUCUGGAGGUCCCUGAGACCCAUAUUCUCACAACUUCCACCCUCUCUUGGUCCCUGCAUCCCCAAGGCUGCACUCUCUCUUGAUGCUGGUAUCCCAGAGACUCGGCCUUCUCCUGAUACUUGGUUGCCUGUGGCUUUACCACUUCCUCUUGUCAGACUCCCUGAAGCUCUGCAGUCUUUUAAAUCCUAUUUCUCUGUGGCUCCAUCCCAUGUGUUCGUUCUCAGCAAAUGUCAGCAAGAAAUCAUAACUCAGAACAUAUACUCAAAAAACUGAUUUGUGUCCAAAAAAUUCAGUUGACAAACAAACAAAAUUCCAUGAGGGAAUGUUCCAAAGACAUGUUUCAAAACAGAUUUUAUGUUUUUCUUUAUCCCAUUUGGAGGUGCUCUUUUUCUGGAUGGUCUCCUGUGAGAUCUUUCUGGUGGCUGAAGGGUAAAAAUGACAACUUUGUGUUAGCAUUAAAACUCCUUAAUUAAGAACACUACAGAUGGGAGGCUUCUUCCUGGCAAGUGACUUCACGUAUGUGGCAGUCUAUCUGAAGUUUUUCUUAUCUCAUUUUGUACUGAAACUACUUCUGAUUUGUGCAACCCUUCAUGCAAACGUUGGACCAUCACUCUAUGGUUUAAGAUAAAUGAAUUAAUUUAUGUUUAAGCUAUAGUUUUAUUGUGCCAUAUUGUGAUGCCUUCAGACCGUUUGUAUAAAAAUGGAAGAAGAUCUCAAUCAAAGCUGCAGCACUUUGUGUUAAAUGGAUCCAGACCACUCUGGUACACAGUGACUUCUGCUUGUGUAAAUGUUUCUACCAGAAGUGCACUUUUUCUGGAAGCUUAAGAUUCUGUCCAUGGACAUGGUACCACAUAUUUUCUUUUGCUGAAUGAAAACCCAUGAACAACAAUUGUAAAUGA